GCAGCAGUACUUGUGCGCGGCGGCGCGGCGCUCGGAGACGCUCGGGAAGCGGACGGCGUGGGGCUAGAAGCCGGAGGGCUGGACCCAGGGCCAUGCUGCCUUUCGUGGCGUGCAGCGCUAGCCGGAGGCUGAGUCCGGCCUGGGGAGCCCUGGGGGCCCGGCGGAAGCACAGCCUCCCCGACCUGCCCUACGACUAUGGGGCCCUGGAGCCGCACAUUAACGCCCAGAUCAUGCAGCUGCACCACUGCAAGCACCACGCAGCCUACGUGGACAACCUGAACGCCGCGGAGGAGCGAUACCGGGAGGCGCUGGCCAAGGGAGAUGUUACGACUCAGGUAGCACUUCAACCUGCACUGAGGUUCAAUGGUGGAGGUCAUAUCAAUCACAGCAUUUUCUGGACAAAUCUGAGCCCUAAUGGUGGUGGAGAACCCAAAGGGGAAUUGCUGGAAGCCAUCAAGCGUGACUUUGGUUCCUUUGACAAAUUUAAGGAAAAGCUGACAGCUGUGUCCGUUGGUGUCCAAGGCUCUGGGUGGGGCUGGCUUGGUUUCAAUAAGGAGCAGGCGCGCCUACAGAUUGCUGCCUGUUCCAACCAGGAUCCACUGCAAGGAACGACAGGUCUUAUUCCGCUGCUGGGGAUUGAUGUAUGGGAACAUGCUUAUUACCUUCAGUAUAAAAAUGUUCGACCUGAUUAUCUAAAAGCUAUUUGGAAUGUAAUCAACUGGGAGAAUGUAACUGAAAGAUAUAUGGCUUGUAAAAAGUAAAUCAUUACCAUUAUCAGUAUACUGAGUGUGUUAAGCUCUUUAUGACUAUUAUGACUAUUUUUGUAAUAGCUGACAGUACUGCAAUAUACUAGUAAGCUGCUAUAUUAUAGCAUUUAUUGAUGUUGCUUAUUCACAUAUUUGAUAAUGUAAUGUUAUGAAUAAUUCCUUAUUUUUAAAUCUUAUUAGGCAACUUUGAAAAUAGUACUUUGUGUGAUUUAGUCUUGAUUAAACUUUUUUUUAAGAGAGCUGAAGUUGCUAGUUUAUUAUGCCACUAUAAAAUCUUCAGAAAUAUUCCAGACAGUUUUGGGGUCCGUAGGGAAGCCUUUGUAAUCCUGUUCUGUUGCAGUUACAGAAAAUCUAGUCUUUCCCACAGUCGCUUAAAAAUACAAUAGAAAACUGAGUAUUUACCUGUUCUGUUGAGAAGUGCCCUUUUUGUAGGUAAUUUUCUGUCUGUUGGUACUUCUGGUAGAUAUCACCAAGUGGGUCUUAAUAUGGUCACAUGUCCACACAGUUAAUGCUAUUUUUAUUAUUCAAAAACGCAAAACUUGUGGCUGGGAAUGUAGCUCAUGGGAAAAGCUCUUUGCUUGGUACACAGCCUUCGAUUUGAUCCUCAGCACUGUAGAUAAACAAACUUCUGUAAAAAACCCAUGUAACUUGAUUGUUAAUUGAGAACUGCUUUAUUAUGAGAUAAUUAUGCAUUUGGGUGUUCUUGGAGGCAGAAAUACAAGAAUUUCAUGUGAAUUUUGUCCUUAAGUAAAGAAAUAUGUGUUGUGUAAAACUGCUCAAGAGGAACAAAUGAGGGCCUGAUAAUUAGUAACAUCAGUAGUGGGGACUGGACCACAGGGCGUUCUUCUGGGCACUUCUGCCCUCAGGGUCAUUAUUGUCAUCUGUCUCAUGAAAAGUGAGCCUGGGCCACAUACCCCCAUGCCAGUACAGGCAGGUGUCUUAUCUCUGGAGAACAUCAGCAGUGUGUGUCUCUCAGAACAUUUAUUUUCAAAGAUAUGUUCUUGACUUAUUCUGUCCUUUGUGCUUUUUUAUUUUGUUUUCUUUUAAAGAACUUAUAGCCACUAUAGAAGCUUUACACUGUUUUUCAAUAAAGGAAAAAUGAUGCCUAUGAUACAGUAA